AUGGCUGAUGUUGGUUCAUGUCAGAACCUGCCGCCUGAUUUGGUUGCUGCUGGACGAUGCUCCCUUGCCUGGGGAUUCGGGAUUGGUCCUUUGUGGUGGCAGUGUUGGAUCGAUGGAGUGGAGCAAUGGGAGAAGAUCGGCUUUGAGGGCGGACUGUCAGGCAAGCAGAGGCGGGCCAUAUUCUUAUUCCCGGCGCCUGGCGAGGUGGAGGACGCAGCGUACAGCAGCAGCCCAUGCAGUUGUGAAUUGAUAUGGGUGGGUGCGACUGACCUGAUGGUGCAGAGCUCCGUGUGUGACAUGUAA